AUGAGUUCGACUUCGAGAGUUCCGUCGUCGACGGUUAUAAUGAGCAAUGUCAUGAACACAAACGUCACUGCUCAGGAUUCGUUAUAUCACAUCUGUAUUACAAUUAAAAGACGAUUAGAGGCGCUGCCUCAGCUGAAACCUUAUUUGAAUCUAGCAUAUUCUUCGAGUGAAUUGUUGUGUGAAAGACAAUCGUUGUUAUUAUCUCAAAAACAGCAACAGAAGAAGGACAACGGACAUGCGAGUAUACAAUCGAAUAGUUCAAUUGGCGGUGAUAGUUCCGCUAGCAAUGGGAACAGCACCAGCAAUGGUACGGCUGUCUCUGCUAAUGGCAGAACAAGUUUGAGUUCCACGUUGAGUACAAAGGAUGAUAUGUUUAUGGAUUCGACGAUCAAUACUUCCUCUGGUUUAUCUAGAUCCACCACUCUGAAUACAACUAACACAACUGGUAGUAAUAAUAACAUAGAAGAUACUUUGCUGACUUUCAGUAUGGGUAUUCUACCGAUCACUGAGAAUUGUGACCCAGUUACACAACUGUCACAAUUGUUUCAACAAGGCUCACCUCUAUGUAUUAUUUUCAACGCUGUACAAAGUCAAGUUAAAUUACCUGUAGUCUCUUCAGAUGAUUUGAAAAUAUGUAAAAAAUCCAUUUAUGAUUUUAUUUUGGGUUGUAAACAACAACUAGCGUUCAAUGAUGAAGAAUUAUUCACAAUUUCAGACGUAUUCGCAAAUACUACGGGACAGUUGAUGAAAGUACUAGAUGUUGUCGAAACAUUGAUCGACUCUGCACCAAAUGUUUUCCCAUCUGCUAAACAUAUUUUGGCAGAAGAAACUAAAAAAUUAAAUGAAGAAAUGGCAUCACAAAAAGCUUCAAAAAAUAAUGAAUCUUAUAAUAAAAUCAUGAAAGAAUUUGUUGCCACUGAGAGAAAAUAUGUUAAUGAUUUAGAAAUUUUAGAUGUGUAUAGACAACAAUUACUGGAUAGCAAUUCUAUAACAUCAGAAGAAUUGUAUAUGUUAUUUCCAAACUUAUCAGAAACUAUUGAUUUUCAAAGACGUUUUUUGGUUUCCUUAGAAAUUAAUGCUAAAGUUGAACCAACAAAACAGAGAAUAGGCGCAUUGUUUAUGCAUUCUAAGUUUUUCUUCAAAUUAUAUGAACCUUGGUCCAUUGGUCAAAACGCUGCUAUUGAUUUCCUUUCAAAUAAUUUGGAUCGUUUCCAAGAUACCGAAUUUGUAAUUAAAACAAAGUUAGAACUACAGUCAUUUUUGUAUAAGCCUGUUCAAAGACUCUGUAGAUAUCCCUUACUGUUGAAAGAACUGUUACAACGUUCACAAAGCAAUACUAACAUUAAAGAAUUGGAAAUGGCAUUAGAAAUUGCUAAAGGUAUUGCAAGAAGCAUCAAUGAUAAUCAAAGAAGAACUGAAAACCAUGAAGUCGUUAAAAAGUUAUAUGGACGUGUUGUUAAUUGGAAAGGUUACAGAAUUGCCAAAUUUGGUGAGUUAUUAUAUUUUGAUAAGGUUUCUAUAUCUACUAGUAAUUCUUCCGAAUCUGAGAAGGAAUUCGAAGUUUACUUAUUUGAAAAAAUCAUUAUCCUUUUUUCUGAAGUUUCUCAGAAAAAACCUGCAUCAUUAUCUUUAAAGAAGAAGACAACAGCUUCAUCUUUAUCAUUAAACUUAAACAAUUCACAUUCUACCAACUCCACUUCAAGUUUCAUGAAUGAACCUAAGUUGGAUUUAAGAGGUAGAAUUUUAAUUAUGAAUUUGAAUACAAUUAAUGCCGAAGGCUCACGAUCCUUAGAUAUUACUUGGGAAUCUCCAAAAGAACAAGGUAACUUUAUUUUGAAAUUUAAAAACGAAGAAAUAAGGGAUAAUUGGUCAUCUUGCUUACAAGAAUUAGUCCGUAACAUAAGAACAGAAUCAUUCCGAAAUUCUAGUAGUCAUGAAAAUAGAACUUCUCUUCAAUCACCAACCCUUGUCAGGGAUACUCAUAAUAGUAUUAUGUCAGUAGGAAGUAGCCAAAUUAAAAGAGUUUCAGAUUUAUUACCUAAAAACUCAAGUUCUUUUGGUCAAGAAUACAGAUCAGUUUCAGAUAAUUAUAAGAGUUCCAUUCCAGAGUCUGCAUUGUUGAUCCGUAUUGCCUAUAACUCUGAUUUCUAUACUAUUCUAAUAGAAUUAGAUGCAACUAUUAGCGAAUUGUUGCAAACAAUUAAGAGGAAACUAAGUCAUUCAGGCGUCAUCACUAAGAUUAAAUACCAAGAUGAAGAUGGUGAUUAUGUUAUUUUAGAAUCAGAAGACGACUGGAUAGUUGCAAAGGAGAUGCUGAGAGAGAAUAACGAUCAAAUCUUAAAUGUCUGUGCUUUUAACUAA